UCGACCCUCGAGCAUACCUUACUCGUGAAACACACAAUUGCUGCCACUUGUUCCAUGCUUGCAUAAAGCUGCGUAGUGCUAUUUAAUCUCCCCUCGUUACGUUCUCUGCCUUCCACAUAACCGCAUUCUGUACAUUAGAGCUGUCCAUACUGCAUCAACCCCAGCAGAGCUCCAGCCAUGACCGAACUCAGCGUUUACGACAAUGACCCAACCAUAUACCUCUUCACAUCCCUGACCGCCGGGUCUUCGCACAUCAUCACUGCUACCUCGCGAAUCGAGACAAUUCUCAGAGCGAACAAGAUCCCAUUUAAAGGGGUAGAUACAGCUACUGACGAGCUAGCCAAGAAGCUGUUCCAGCGGAGAGCAAGUGGAAAGAAGUUGCCCCUGAUAGUUAAGGAGGGAUAUGUGCUAGGUGGCAUCACUGAGAUUGAAGAAUGGAACGAAUACGACGAGAUCAGAGAGGCACUGGGGGUGACCUCAGCCUUCACCCCCUUUCCCGCCAAACCAGGGCCGCCGCCCAUGACAGCCUCCGCCAGCACCGCCGCGCCCACAUCGCUCAAGAGCGCAGCUGCAAAGGAAGAUGCUACCCCGACCCUAAGCCCAGAGACGAAUCUUGCGCUUCGAGAGUUGGGUGCUGAGGCAGCAAAGAAGGCAGCUUCAUUGAAGCCCACUCCUGGCAAUAUCAAGACUACAAAUCCGUUGCUGGCCGAGAAGACGAAUACUCCGACUUCUGCUACGAUGCUCAAGAGUCCAUUAAAGGAAGAAUUGAAGAGUGUUCUUUCGCCCCGGUCCGUCCCCCUACCUGAUACGCCAAAGGUUGCGACACCGGCUACACCCAGCGUCGUGGCGGAUGCAAAGGAGGAUGCAAAGGAGGAUACAAAGGAAGAUGCAGAGGAAGACGCAAAGGAAGAUGUAAAGGAGGAGGCCGAGGCAGAAUCGGAGGCGGAAGUGAAGGCCGAGGCAAAAGUUGAGGCAAAAGCUGAGGCGGCAAUCGAAGAAGAGACUGAACCAAAGACUGAGGCCAAGGCUGAACCAAAGACUGGGGCAAAAGCCGCGCCAAAGACUGGAGCAAAAACUGUAGCAAAGGCAGGAUCAAAGACCGAAGCAAAGACCGAGGCAAAGAAGGGUGUGAAGGCGGUAGUCAAGCCCGCUGCGAGCAAAGAUGUCAAGGCCAAGGACACCAAGGCGAAAGAUACAAAAGCAAAGGACGUCAAGUCAAAGGAUGUCAAACCAAAGGAUACCAAGACAAGCACUACAGGCUCUAAAAUACCAAAAGCAUCAUCAUCUUCGACGACGACGACGACAACAACAACACGGAAACCUACAACUGGUCUCUUUGGCAUCCCAAAGACUGCGCCAAAGUCCAAGCCCAAAGCUGCAUCUGCAUCUACAAGCAAAACUGCAACCUCUGCAUCAACCAGCAGGGCUGCGACCUCGGCAUCUGCUAGCAAAGCUGCAGUCAGAUCCAAGGACGCAAAGCCAAAGGAUGCAAAGACAUCGAAAGCAACUGCCGCGAAGAGCAUUCCCAAAAUAUCCGAUGUACAGAAACCGGUCCAAACACCUCCUUCCAUGCAUGAUGACGCCAAGAACCCCGCGCUGAGUGCUGGCCCGGUAAGCACUAUGCAGAAGGAAGCUAGUAAAGAGGAGGAGGACAAGGAGGGCAGUGACGAAGAAGACGACGACUCUGAAGAAGAAAGCUCUGAGGAGGAAGACGAUGAGGCAGACAAAUCUGCUGGCACAGGCGCAGCCACAAAGGACGGGGCUGCUCCUGUUGCCGCCUUAACCAAGGAAAGCAGUUCCGAGGAGGAAGACGACAGCGACGAGGAAGAAGCAGAGGGCGAAGCCGCAAAGGGAAAAGCAGCAGUACCAGCAAAGAAGGAGGAAGAAGAAGAAGAAGAAGAAGAAGAAGAAGAAGAAGAAGAAGAAGAGGAUGACGACGAAGAAGAUAGUGACGAUGACGAGGAGGAAAGCAGCGAAGAAGAAGAAGACGAAAAGGAACCCAAGACCCAGGAGCAACCCGCUAAAGCACAGGACAAAGCCGGUGUCAGUGUAAAAGACUAGACUUAGGCGCUGUGUGCUUAAACUCUUGUACCAAAAUCCAGAACUACAAGUUUAAAUAUCGUGAGGUGUGUUGGUACUUACUUGUAUAUAGCCUUCUUUAGGCUUAGAAGCGCGAGUGUGGAAGACGGGUAUAUUGACAAC